GGAAAGACGAAAGAAAAUUUGAAACAAUUUAGCUCUUUCAUCACCCUCUUCAUGAUUCCAUUACACUUCGCCAGUCUUUUAGUCUGCAUUAUAUUUAUUGUACCGCCUCUAUUACAUCAGGAAAGAUUAUUACCAUUCCAUGUGAAGUACUCUUUUGACUGGAGCGUGUCUCCUGUGUAUGAAAUAAUGUUCAUAUCACACACCAUCUCUUUAGCAAUAUUGGUGCUCAGCGUAAUGGGAGUUGAUAUGUUAUUUAUAAGCGUUGUAAUGAGCACAGUUAUGCAAUACCGUCUACUUCAAAAGUGCUUGCUUAAGUACAAUACCUCAGAUAUGC